CCCCCGGGUUGGCGCGGAGCAGGCCCCCGGCGGGGUCCUUCGGCGACGGGCACGGAGGGAGCGGGACGGCGGCCGCGAUGAACCUGGAGCUGCUCGAGUCCUUCGGCCAGAACUACCCCGAGGAGGCCGAUGGGACGCUGGACUGCAUCAGCAUGGCCCUGACCUGCACCUUCAACCGCUGGGGCACGCUGCUCGCCGUGGGCUGCAACGACGGGCGCAUCGUCAUCUGGGACUUCCUGACCAGGGGCAUCGCCAAGAUCAUCAGCGCCCACAUCCACCCCGUGUGCUCCCUGUGCUGGAGUCGAGAUGGUCACAAACUGGUGAGUGCUUCCACGGAUAACAUCGUGUCACAGUGGGAUGUGCUCUCUGGAGACUGCGACCAGAGGUUUCGAUUUCCUUCACCUAUCUUGAAAGUUCAGUACCACCCUCGAGACCAAAACAGGGUUUUGGUGUGUCCCAUGAAGUCGGCGCCGGUGAUGCUGACGCUGUCAGACUCCAAACACGUUGUCCUACCUGUGGAUGAUGAUUCGGAUCUCAAUGUUGUGGCCUCCUUUGACAGGCGAGGGGAAUACAUUUACACAGGCAAUGCCAAGGGGAAGAUCUUGGUCUUAAAAACAGACACUCAGGAUCUCGUUGCUUCCUUCAGAGUGACAACUGGAACCAGCAACACCACAGCUAUUAAAUCGAUUGAAUUUGCUCGGAAAGGAAGCUGCUUUUUGAUAAACACAGCCGACCGGAUAAUCAGGGUGUACGAUGGCCGUGAAAUUCUCACUUGUGGACGAGAUGGGGAGCCUGAACCCAUGCAGAAGCUGCAGGAUUUAGUGAACAGGACACCGUGGAAGAAGUGCUGUUUCUCUGGUGACGGUGAAUAUAUAGUGGCAGGGUCAGCACGACAGCAUGCCCUGUACAUCUGGGAGAAGAGCAUUGGCAACCUGGUGAAAAUCCUGCAUGGGACCAGAGGGGAGCUGCUCUUGGAUGUAGCAUGGCAUCCUGUCCGACCCAUCAUAGCUUCUAUUUCGAGUGGUGUUGUCUCAAUAUGGGCUCAGAAUCAAGUGGAAAACUGGAGUGCCUUUGCACCUGACUUCAAAGAGCUGGAUGAAAACGUGGAAUAUGAAGAGAGAGAGUCGGAGUUUGACAUUGAAGAUGAAGAUAAGAGUGAACCAGAACAGACAGGUGCUGAUGCUGCAGAAGAUGAAGAAGUGGAUGUCACGAGUGUGGAUCCCAUUGCUGCCUUCUGUAGCAGUGAUGAGGAACUGGAGGACUCCAAGGCUCUGCUUUACUUACCCAUUGCUCCUGAAGUUGAAGAUCCAGAAGAAAACCCCUACGGGCCUCCACCAGAUGCAGUUCAGAGCUCUUUAGCUGAUGAGGGAAUAGCCUCUGAGAAGAAGAGACAGUGCUCCUCUGAUGGACCCCAGGCACCAAAGAAGAAGCCCAAAACCACCAACAUUGAACUACAAGGAGUACCUAAUGACGAAGUCCAUCCGCUGCUGGGUGUGAAGGGAGAUGGUAAAUCCAAGAAGAAGCAAGCAGGCAGGCCUAAAGGAUCAAAAGGUAAAGACAAAGAUUCUCCAUUUAAACCGAAACUCUACAAAGGGGACAGAGGUGCUUUACCUCUGGAAGGAGCAGCGAAGGGUAAAGUGCAGGCGGAGCUGGGACAGCCUUUGACAGGUAAGGAACCCAGCGGGAGCGUCGUUGCCUUGCUUGGUGGCCUUGCUUUGUACAGACCCUGACUUAAUAUAGUCCUAGUUUUAUCUUCCCAAAUGGCACUUGCUCACUGAAUGUUCAGCUGCUGUCAAGGAGAGGCAAAAUUUUACAUUCUUGGAAGUGGAAGUGCUUUCAAUGUUGGUAAUAAAACUGCUGUCCAUGCCUGUGUUACUGCACAGCAAGGGCACCUGGGGUUGCAGCAGAGUUUGAGCACUGUUUCAAAGGCAAAACAUCCUUUGAUAACUUUUAUCUUUUUGAUAACUUCUAUCAGUUCUUCCGUAAACAGUAAGAGGGUUUGGGUGGGUCAGUGUUGAGGGGGGAAAAGUGUAAAGAGUGAAGGCUUCUGAAGCUGAAGUUGACAUUUUGUGCCAUCAGUACUAGGCAGAAUGCUGAAGAACAGCAAAGUUCUGUAAGCAGAACUAGGAAGUGGAGCAUUGGUAAUGGUCCCUUUGGUGAAUGAACCCCGAGAGAAAAUCCAGGAGCUGAAUUUUCUUCUCCAAACUACACAGCACCUUAGUUAAAUGCCAGGCAGCGCAGUUGCUGUAAGUGAGGGUAGGUUUUGGCAGACUUUAAUCCUUUUCUCCUCUGGUCAUAUUUUGUUGGUUGUGUACCAAACUAGGACUGUCGCAGUCACCUUUGUUGGGGCCCAGACUUAGUCUCUCUGAGACUGUUUCCCCUCAGUCUCAUUUGCUACUUCAGCUUCUUAACUGGGAAAAGUUCAUUUAAGCUCAGUGAAGAAAGCACUUGUUUGGCUGAAGUGAUGUGGACUCCAUUAUUUAUGGCUUUUGGACUGUAUUUAAUAACUCAGGGAUACAUACACAGUUUCAAUGGUGUUGCUAUAUUAAAUUUUGCAUUUCCUUGAACUCAGCAGCUGCUGCUGUUGAUUUUAGACUGUACAGAAGUGAUUUUAUUCCCCCCUCUUCCUUCCCUCACUGCUGGUCCUAUGCUACCCACCUUGCUCAUUGUCCUUCCUGCUCAGCUCCUGUCCCGUUGCUUGUACUAGCACUGGCAAUUGCUAUUUGCAGAAAAAGGGGAUGGGAUGGAAGCAACUUAAUCAGUACGUGGGGAAAAUGGGAGGUGGGGUGGGGUGUUUUCUGGGUUCCCAUUUAAUCCUUUCACACUGGCAAAAUCCAGAAAUUUAACAGAUAUCCACGAAUAUCCUUAGGCCUUGGUCAUAGCCUGGGAUGUCCUCAGUAGCUUCUGGUGUUGGAUUUACUGGACAGGGUGAUUCUCUUCCGAAGGCCCAAGUCAUUAGGGGCAUCCAGUGUGUCUGAAAGUGUGAUAGUAAGGGAUUACCUGGAUUGUGGGGUCCUCAGGUGUCUCUGCUGGCAUCUGUGACACAUCCUGACUGCUCUGUUGUACAUUGCUGGGUGGACAAGCCUGGUUUGAAGACCAAAUGACCAGAACCAUUAGUUUGAGGAGCAGGCCUGUUGGUGCCUUUCUUUCCUCAGGCUGCAAAUUAACAUGUCCAUAUGCAAAAGGAUAUAAAUGAGAAAGUGCACUAGGAACAACAAUGUGGCUUCCAAAAGGAAUUUCAGUCAUCAUUUGCCUCAAAACCACAGUGUUUUGGCUCUUCCAUGGUCGAGUAGCUCUGCAAGUACUGUACAAGCAGUCUGGUUUCAGAGAAGUAGUUGUAAUAGCAAGUAUUUUUGUGCAGCUUUUUCAAGGUAACUUUGUCAUCAGCUUGUUUUACCUGUUUGCUUGAGCUGUGUUUGUAGGCAGGUCUCUACUUUCUUCUUGCAGCUUGUGAUCACUGUUGCCUUGGUCUGUUCUGAGAGCUGGGAACAUAAUGCUCCCAUUGCCUCUGGCACGGUUCAAAUGAAGCAGUGUAUUCCAGACAGACUCCUUUCUUGGUUUGGUUUACAUAUCCUUGCAAAGCCAUAUGUGGGAGGAUUUUUGUGUGGUUUGCCUGUAGUGCUACCAGGGAGUUGUUAUAAUAGAGUCUGACUUGCUACAAAAGCCAAGAGUGGAAUUUUACUGCUGCUGAGUUUGGGAUGUGCGUACCCAGGCCAGGCCAGUGAGCUCUGGGGUUUGGGCACUGUAAAAUGGAAGUUUUCUCAUGAACAGAUGCAUUUAAACCCACGUUCCCCACUUACUUCACCCAUCUAGAGGAGAUGGUAGAGCUCUCUAAAAUAGACUUUUAGCCUUUGUUGCCUGGAAGCACUUGAAGGUGGUUUUCUGUGGUGCUGUUCUUUGGCUUGAUUGGGAUAUAGGCAAAGAAUCAAAAUGAUGGGCUUCUGUCUCUCCUUAGGAUCUGUUGUUGUGCCUCCUUCUACACUUAAGAGGAUUUAAUAGAUCCAUGCAGUAGAUCUCAGUAGUCAGUGUUGGAAGUGUCUCUGUAAGUCAUGUUGUGAGAAGAACGGAUUGGCCUCUAAAGGAGCUGUCACUUGGAUCUUUCCAAACUCACAGUAGUCUUUUAGUCCAUGAAGCUCAUGCCUGUCUUCCUUAGUUCCCCUUAUGCCUUGCACUUACAAUUCCUAUUUCGGGCAGCUAAUUUUCUCUUGGAGUUGCUGGUGUUCCACCACAUGUAAAUACACACUUCCCCAUUCAAAUGGCCACCUGGGAUCCUGCAGCCAGGCUGCCUUUCCUGCCUCUCAUUCAUUAAGCUGUUAAUUCUGCUAGUUCCUUGGGCUGUUGCUUUCUGAAGUAACUAAUCAGCUGCUAAAACAAGUCACACAAAAGCAUUUCUGCUCUGAUACCCCCUAAUACAGUGUCUUGCUGCAAGCUGCAUGGCCGGGACGUGGAGCUUGGCACUGCUGCAUCUCUGUCACUGUGCUGUGCAGUCCGGAAUGUCUUCUUCAAGCUGCUGUGUCAAAAUUGGGCUUCAAACAAACUGGGAAGCUUGAUCCAUUUUGUAGCUUUAGAAUAAAAUCUUACAAUUUGGGUUAAGCCAAACUUAGGUGGGACUUGUUUUCAGUCGGGCUUUUGCUCUCAGGUUUUGGGGUUGUCGAGUCAAAUUUGACACCAGGUAAGUUGGUUUGAAGCUUUGUGAAGUAAAAGCUCAAGAGUUUCUCAGCCACCUUGUCACAGACAGUAUCUUGUUGGUCGUAUCUCAUUCUGGAAAGAAUGGCUUCAUCUAGGAAACCUUGUUCUGCUUUAUCUGGAAAUGCUGCUGAAUUUGGUGGUCUCUGGUUUCUGGGAACGUCUGUUGGAGGCUGGUUACUUACUUUUGACCUGUCUUUGAUCUCUUUAGCAGGUGGUGCAAUCUCAGAAUUGUUAUGAAGACACUCUCCUUUAGCUUCCUGUAUUCUUUCCCAUAUUGGCACCAUAAUGUGGAAACUAGAUGAAAUGCUCAGUCAGAGUGGACUGACUAACACAGCAGACUGAUUGCUCGUGGAUUCAGGGAGUGACUUUUGUAUGAAAUGACUACGGAAGAGGAAGCAGCCUUCAUUCCUCCUUACCUGCCUCUGCAUGGAACAGUGUAAGAUGCUAACUCUCAGGUCAUGCGAUUUGCAAAGAGGCUCGUUGGACUGCCUUUGUGGUGACGUAUGGAACUGUGUCUGAAGUGAGCUGGUUCCCAACACUCUGCCCCUCCAGAGCUUAUCACCAUUGUCUUUUAAAUCCCCUUUUUUUUGGGUUCCUGGAUUGAAGAAUACCCAAAGUGUGUAUUUUUGUUCCUGAUGACUGUGUAUCCUGCAAACAUCCCUUUCUUUGCUGUUAAUUUCCAUUUCAGUGAGUUGUGAGUCCUUCCAUGCCAGCUUCAUCACCGUACCAGCUUUUGGGUUAGCUUGCUCUGAUGUCUUCUGUGCUGACGCUGCUGCUGAUUAUGUGCCAGGUUUGAUUUCAUCUCAGGUGAAGAAUCAAGACACCCUCUGAAGUCUGCAAAGAAUGAAGCUUCAUAUUGUGAACAGUUCAGACAUGAAGGAUGACCCUGCUUAUGGGAGAAAGGAACUCUAGAUAAAAUACUCAGCUGAUACUCUCUUUUAGCCUGUGAUACAAAAAGCAGCAUUGGCAGUUUCUGUCCUUGCAAAAGUGGUUUUAUUCUGUCCUUUUCCUGUGCGGUGCCCUACCAGAAGCAAUUGGUUUCCUCUUUAGCUGGUGGGAACUGACAGAUAGAGAAAAACCAGAACCCUGAACUGAAGCAGUAGUUUUUCAGGGCUUUUUUUCCCCACUCCUGGAUCAAGAAUGGAAGAUGAAUGCUAACAGCUCAUUCCCAGCCAUGCUUUAACCAUUUACUCCUUAAAGAUGGUUGGACUAUUUUCCUUGUGGGAAUGGAAAGAGACACUUUGUCCAAUACCGACAGCCUGACAGCUCUGUACCAGACCAACUGUCUGUUAGAAGGUUUUCAUUCCUCAUGCCCCUUGCUGUAUAGUUCCUAUGCAAUUACUUAGAGUUUUCCCCCAGCUGUAAUUAUUGAGCUCAUCACCGUGUAUUGGAAUUGUCAAAGCCUCCUGCAGACGUUAAAACCCAACAAGAGGAGUCAUGAGGAGAUUUCUUCAGUUGCCGUCGGAAACGUGCAGCAGUUGCAUGAGAUACAAGUAUGGGAAGAGAGGAGACAUUUGAAAUCAGGAGGGUUUUUAAAACUGGUGGUUUAAUUUCUGGCUUUGGUGCAGUGGCUGCUUCAUGUAAUGAAAUCCAUGUGUACAGUAGGAGUUUUCUUUGUUCUUUCUGCUUGUAGGAUGACUUGCAUCUCCCCUGGAAUACUGUUCUGUCAAACCCACCCCCGUGUGGUGUGGCUGACCCCACAAGCUUUAAAGAUGCACAGGCAGUGGUUCUCUAGAUUGUUCUAAAGCAUAUGAUUUGCCACAGACUCCAGCCUCUGUUAAACCUUUGCUGUACAGUGUAUAUGUCCUUGGUUUCUUUCCUUCCAUCUCCUAUUUUAUUUUUUAGUAUCUGUAGUUUUGUACAAUAUUUGUCAGAUACUGGCUUGGUGGUAGUCUACAGCAGUGAUGGUAGGUUUUGUGCUUGUAAAUAAAGAGGUAUGUUUCAUUUCCUAAAGUCAA